AUGGCAGAAAGACUUGUUAUUAACUCUAAUUAAGCAAAACAUGUAUAAGCCUAUCUCGAAUAUUAACAAUUUGUCGGUGGCUACGACAACGGUAAAUUGAUGUCUGAGUAAGAAUUCGAAGAAUUCAAGUAAAACUAUCGCGAAAAAGCUAAAAAUCGAGUAUACUGUGUAUGGAAAAAUUCCCUUGGUCUUGACUGUAAAGUUGUAGGUCCUUAAAGUAAAUGCUUUUGUGAUCAUAGGUUUAAAGAUCAUGAAUAUUUAUAGCCUAAAGACAAAUCGAAUGUAAAUUGCAGAGAAGGAGGUUGUAAAUGUAAAUGUUUUUAAUAUGUCCCUAUAUAUGGUUCUUAGGAUUUUAAAUGCUCAUGUAAACAUUCUUAUUUAGAUCAUUAAAAUCUUAAAAAAACAUGUAGUAAAUGCAAGGCAUGCUCAUAAUUUACAAGUACAUUAGCAUGUUCUUGUGGUUAAAAAUAUAGUGAUCAUAUUACUGUUUUUGAAACUAGAUAGGAGAGAAUUAAAAUGGGAAAACCUGUAGAUGAUUUAAAUAAUGUAACUCCGGAAUUAGGACUACCAGUUAAUACAGGAGGAUUGACUAGUUUUUAAGUAAUAAUUAUAUAAUUAAGAUUUCUAUUUAAUUUAUAUAUAAGAAAAUAGUAAUUAGCAGUUGGAGCAGAUCGAUAUGAAUAAAUGAUUGAUAAUUUAGGAAAAAACGCUAUCGGAAGUGAUAUUUAAAAAGGAAUGAUUAAAGGUUAGAAUAAUUUAAUGCUUUAAAAUGGUUAAUAAUAGUAAUAAAUAUAAUAGGACAAUAAUGGGUAAUUAAUGAAAUGUGGUCAACAAGAAGUUAGUGCUUUCUAACUAUUUUGUACUCCUCAUUAGUUUAUGAGGGUUUAGGCUACUGGAAAAGGAUUUAAGGCUAUUAAAAAAUGA